AGUUCAUUUACUUUACUUCUGGCGCCCUCCUUAUUUUCUUUUGUGUGAAAUUCAUUCACCCAUAUGUCUAGACAGUACUUAUAUUGUAGUUGGCGUCGAUCCAUGGAUCAAAGUACCAACUCUGUAUGCCUAACCCUAGGAAUAGUAUAGGAACUCUUAUAAAUCUGUUUGGGUCAGUAUACGGGUUCGAGAUGGACAAUCUUUAUCCAUUAAGACGGGUAUGUUGUUUUCCUGAUUUUCAACGAGUAACAUGAAGAAGGCAUCAAUAGAUUUACUGAUUGCACGACUUCGGCUCACAGUUUGAAAUAUUGUUACUUACUUUCCCGUAUGCUAUCCAUAUACAAAAGCUAUUUUCUAAGCGAAUAAAGUGUUCGAAAACUCGCUGCUGUUAUCUUAAGCUCGUCCGUAAAUUAAGUUUCUACUAUAAACCUUAUUCAGCCAAAUCCCAGUUUCGAUAGUCAGGAUGUCUUAAUCAUAUGUUUUGUUAUUAGUAAUCGUUGACAGUUAUCAUUAAACGCAGUUGUAUUCUACGUUUUUACUGAACUGUCGGGUGACUUUUUCAUUGUUCUUUUCUAUUCCAGAUUCUCUUGGAAAUAUAACUCUUCAUAAUUCCUCAGCAUACGACGUACUUUCUGGUUAGACGCAAAUCUAUCAAAGACUGAGCGUUACAACUUCACUUAAUAUCAAGUCAACAUGUUCACCAAACUUAAAAGUUUAAACCAUGUUUUGAUAUCCCAAGCGUUUCGGAGAAGCUCUAUCAAAGCACAUACUUUCGACAUAGCGAUUGUUGGAGGUGGAAUUGUGGGUUUAGCAACGGCUCGUGAACUAGCACUUCGGUUUCCGAAAUUUCAGUUUGCACUUCUGGAGAAAGAAGAAGAAUUAGGGAUGCAUCAAUCUGGUCAUAACAGUGGUGUUAUUCAUGCAGGAGUUUACUACACUCCUGGCUCUCUAAAAGCUAAGCUAUGCGUUGAAGGUUUGAAGAAGUCAUAUGAAUACUUUGAAGCAAACAAUGUACCUUACAAGAAAUGUGGAAAAUUAAUCGUUGCAGUUGAUGAACUAGAGCUUCCUCAACUAGAAAAGCUGUACAGUUUUGCCCAGCAAAACGGUGUACCCAAUGUAUCUUGCAUUUCAGGUGACAAGAUAAAAGAAAUCGAGCCUAACUGUGUUGGUUUGAAAGCAAUUCAUUCUCCUGAAACAGGUAUAGUUGAUUGGAGAACAGUAACUUUAUCAUAUGCCGAAAAUUUCGUUGCGUCUGGUGGGAUUAUUUAUGAGUCCUUUAAGGUGGGCGAAAUAUCAGAAACGAGUGAAAAUGUGGAUUACCCUAUUUUGAUCAAGAACGUUAAUAGUGGAUCAAACAAUUCAACUCAUAUUUCACAGGUCACAUGUAAGUAUGUUAUUACUUGUACAGGUUUGCAGUCUGAUCGUGUUGCUAAGAUGUCUGGCUGUUCUCCAAAUCCUGUCAUAGUACCAUUUCGAGGUGAUUAUCUAGUUUUGAAACCUGAAAAUUCUUCUUUAAUAAAUGGGAAUAUAUAUCCUGUUCCUGAUUCUCGUUUCCCGUUCUUGGGUGUCCACUUCACUCCACGUUUGGAUGGAUCCGUUUUGCUGGGACCGAAUGCUAUCCUUUCAUUAGAUCGGGAAGGUUAUGGACGUUUCGAUUUUAACUUCAAAGACUACUUUGAUCUCGCAUCUAGCCCUGGACUUCGGAAACUCAUUUUCCGUUAUUUACGUUUUGGUGUGAAUGAAAUAAUUGAUGGUUUAUUUAUUCAUCGUCAGGUCAAGCGGCUUAAAAAAUAUGUACCUAGCUUAAAUGUUAAAGAUGUCGUCAGGGGCCCAUCUGGAAUAAGAGCCCAAGCAAUUGAUUCAGAUGGUACGUUAGUGGAUGAUUUUGUAAUUCAUUUUGGUGAUGGUGAGAUUGGUAAAAGAAUCAUGCAUGUACGUAAUGCACCAUCACCAGCCGCGACAGCUUCUCUGGCUAUUGGUUGUGUUCUGGCCGAUAAAGCACAAGAGUACUUUGAUUUAUCUCUUGGUGAAUCAAGAAGUUUUGUUUAGUACUCUUUGCAUGUUCCUUGAUGCAACUCUUUCCUCUUCUGUUUUAAAUUCUUUCACCUAAAAGGACACGACCACUUGUUUCUUGUUCUUUCAUUUUGAUUUUGCGUCUAUCAUCUCAGGGAAAUUGAACAUUACUGAGUUGUUCGUGGUUACUGUAAUAAUAAUUCUCACUCCCCUAAAGUACCUGGUUUGUAUUAUUACAAAUGGCCAAAAAUUACAAUAAUUCACAUUCCGAAGUAAUAAUUUUCAUUUGCCUUAUUAGCUAUUGCUCAAUCGAUCUGAUGGUUCGAAAUUGUAUCGAACUGUGUUAUUUUCUUGUAAAUACUAAACAUAUGAUACUGUAUCGUAAACAGUUAUAGGUACUCUUGUGGUCGUUAACUAAUUAUAAUAUAGAACUAUUUCUAUGAAUC